AUGGCUAAUAUACGUUUACGUUCAAUUAUAAUAAAACUACAAGAUUGUCUUAGUAAUGAUGAUCGAGAACGUUUACAUUUUUUACUUGGAGACGAUGUACCAAGACGACUUCAAGACAAUACCACAUUAAGUGGAACUCUUAGUAUUAUGCAAUCACUUUUUGAUCGAAAUAAGAUUAGUGAACAAGAUUUUACCUUUUUAAUUAAUGUAUUCGAAGAAAUUCCAUGUCCUCAUGCUGUCAACUUACUUGCAGAAUACAAACAACGUAUACAAACAAAGUUGCCAAAUCAACCACCAGAAAUGCCACCAUUACAUGAUGAAGUAUUCGAAGACCAGGAAGAUAAAAGUGUAUCACGAACUCUUUUACAACAGACGAAUAAUUGUUGUAACUAUCAAAAAAAUAUCAAUAGCAAUAAUACAAAUAUUAAUCCAGUAAUAUCUAAUGUUCAAAAUAAAAAUAGUUUAUCUUCAAAAUGUAAAGAAAUUCAAUCAUAUCUUUAUAAUUUUCGAAUAAAUAAACAUUCACUAACUAUUAUUAUUUUACUAAUUCUUAUAUUUGGAACAAUAAUAUUAAUUUAUAUUAUUAAAAUGACUGAUCAUAAUAAAUCAAAUUCAAAAUUAAAAUACGAUUAUGUUUUAGAAGAACAACAAAAGAAAAAUAACAAAACAAUUCAAUUAUUAAAUGAACCUAUAUUAGAAAAAAAUCAACAAGCCAAUGAUCAAUUGACACUACCAAACAAAAAGAAAUAUAAUUCAUUAGUUAUUGAAGGCCGAGAAUUUGGUAGUGCACAUGGUACUCAUUUCGAUGAUUCUACACAUCCGUAUUUUAUAAGUUCACAUUAUCUAAAUGGAAUACUUGCUCGUGAUAAUGAUGAUGAUUUAGAAUCCUAUCAAUUUUAUUAUUCAUCUUCGUGUGAUAGUCAAGACAUGAUCACAUCAGAGAGGCAUGGAAACCAAAAUUUAUCUUUUAAAAAAGAUUUUCAAUUUGACAAAAAUGAAAAAAUACAAAAAGUUGAAGGACAUUAUUUGAAUAAAACCAUUGUUUUUUCAAAUGGUACAAAUUUAACAAUGCCAAUAAUAACAGGACUUCAAUUUUACACAACAAAAGGUCAUGCUAGUCCAUCAUAUGCUGGUGAAGAAGGAGUAAUGUUUGAGGAAGAAUAUGAGGGCUAUACAUUAUGGUAUGUUACUGGAAGAUCAGAUGAAUAUAUUCAUCAACUACAAUUCUAUUGGUAUCGAACAUUAGACAUUGAUUAG